AAACCUACUUGUUCUCCCACAUUACUUUCCUUCGGCAAUUCUUCAAAACAUUCAAAAUCCUUUAUCCUUUCUUACUUCUUCCCACAACACCAACUUCACUUCGGAUCCAAAUAAAUAAAUAAAUAAAUAAAUACAAAACGUCAUCCGAUAAACAUUAAUAUCAACCUUUGAUUCAUCUUCGAACAUAGCCUCCAAUUCAAUUUAUCUUUAUUCAUCCUAUUAUAGAAAGCAACGGUCAACAACUCAAGUUUUAUCUCCACCGCACAAAUCCUGUCAAAUUCCUUUGUUGCUCAUCACAAAGCCUCACUUACCUUACCGUUCGGGUCACUUUUCCACUCAGCACAACACAGCACAGCAAAAACACACAACAUCUAACCAUCCACUCUUAUAUUAUCCGCCUCCAACAUACAUGAGCCGAUAAUGUCUUCUUACUAUCAACACUUCAACGCUCAUCAACAGCAUACUACUCCUUCAAAUGUCCAAAAUGGGUCGGUACACAAUCGAAACAGUCGCCGAAAUACCCGGUUACCACAAAAUGCCGCCCAAGCCAAUAAGCAGUAUCAGAAGAUCGUGAAACGUGAAGAGGAGGCUGCAGCGGUGAUAAGUUAUCGUCGACUUUUUGAAUACGCAAGAUCGUUCGAUUUAGAAGACGAUGCAGAAUUCUGUCCAAAUCUCCUGACUGAAGAAGAUAUGGUCUCCAUCAAUGGUUCGGCUUCCGAUCGUUCUUCCUUGUCAAGUGGAUCACCUACGAAUUCACCACAAUCGACACAGGUAUCAGUAAAUCUGUCUCCUGAUACGAACUUCUCUCUCAACUCCAACUCUCACCCCUUCAUUUCAUCCGGUUUCAAUGUAUCAGCAUUAAAGAUUCAUCAACCUUCAGCUACACGUAUCGGCAGAAACGCUAUUCCCAUUGUGAAUCCCAAUGAUGGAGGAUUAAUGUCGAGCCCACCUUCCUCGGUAUCACCCGCCAGAAUGCAGCAGCACCAACAGCAAACAAGAGUUCCUAUCCGAUUUUAUUAAACCUUCUCUGCUUCUGUUUUCACCCAUUGGCAUUUGGUUUUCUUAACUUCGCUUUAAUUUGUUUACGCAUCCUCAUCAAUCUUCAUUCUGGUGGGUUGACCCCUCUCUUCGACAUCGAUCUUCCCGGUAACGGCACACAACAACAACCUCAACGAAUCCUCUUGUAUAUUUCUCCGACACUUCCCCCUAUUCAUAUAUUCUUUGAGAUGGUUUAAUGGGCGCGCGACAUCAAGAUAUCGAUACCUUUGUUCAAAUACUGAGAUGGUUUUCCCAAUUUUAAUGGGGUUUGAUUUGAGGGCGCAUGCAUAUUUUUGCGACGGUGUUCUGGGAUUAGCAUUUAUUUAAUGGGUGGGAACAUGAAGCGGCGACUUCAUAUGGGUCAACGAAAAAAAGAUAUAUCUUUCAAAGUUACAUAGAACGAUUUCCUUUUUCUGUCAAUGGAGAAAGGGAUACUGGUGUUUUUACUUCUUGGCGGUACAUGGUCGGACACAAAGAUUUUCCAUCUCAAACUCUUUGGUAUUAUGGAUCUAAUGGUGUUGGUUGGGUGUGUUGAACAAAGUCGAGCGCUACUUCCCUGUAUGUUGAGCGCGUCUUGUAGCUGGUGUUGGGUAUCUUGGGCUUGUUUUUGGAGCGGUUUAAGUACAUCAUUUAUGCGGCUGCAUAUUUUACAUUGCGUUCUUGAUGUAAUUCGAUCCAAUGUCAUUAUCAUAUACUUUGGCUGGGGCGAGGCGAUUUUGUGUGUACUUGGGAUGAUAUCAAGAAACUUGGGUAUUUCUAGGUCUUUGGGUGGUCAGGUACAAGCGUCACAUAGUUGCGUUUGAAAUUUAUUUAAAUAUCACAUUACGUUUUUCUGAAUAUUAUAAGAUGCAUUAUUUUACUAUUAUUUGCUC